CAUCCUCUCUUCCGUUGUCUAGGGGCAUGCCUUCUGAACCAGGCCUCAGCAGUAGGGAGAUGCUGACAGGACAGAGGCUCUGCCAGUCAAAGUCCCACCAGGACUCGGUCCUCGCUGCCCUCAACCAGCAGAGGAAGGAUGGCCUGCUGUGUGACGUUACCCUGGUCGCCGGAGAGCAGAAGUUCCACGCCCACAAAGCCGUCCUGGCAGCGUGCAGCGAUUACUUCAGGGCCAUGUUCAGCUUGUGCAUGUUGGAGAGCGAAGCAGACGAAGUGACUUUACAAGGAGUGACCAGCGUUGGACUGAAGCACGCUUUAGAUUUCGCUUACACCGGACAGAUUCUGCUGGAGCCGGCGGUGAUCCAGGACGUCCUGUCUGCAGGCAGCCACCUGCAGCUGCUCGAGCUCCUCAGUCUCUGCUCGCACUACCUCAUCCAGGAACUGAGCAGCGUGAACUACCUAGAGCUGUACCGCGUGGCCGACCUGUUCCACCUCCCCGCCUUAGAGGAGGCUGUGGUGGGCUUCCUGGUGGAGCAUCUGUCUGAGCUGAGCCAGAGCCGGAAGGACGAGGCUCUGCAGCUGCCCUACCGCCUCCUCAGGGAGGUGCUGAAGAGCGACCGUCUCACCUCCCUAAGCGAGGAGGAGAUAUGGAAGUUGGUCGUCUUGUGGCUGGAACACGACUGUCGAUACCAGUACACCGAGGAUCUUCUGCAGCACGUCCGCUAUGGCCUCAUGGACGUCCCCACCCUGCACCACCUUGCCCGAAGCCAUCCUCUGGUCCAGUCCAGCCCCACCGCUGCCGCCCUGGUGGACGAGGCCCUGGACUACCACCACUCCACUUUCGCACAGCCCCUCCACCAGUCGGCCCGCACCAGGCCUCGCUUCCAGUCCCUCACCCUCUACAUAGUCGGGGGGCGGAAGCGGGAGGUGAGCAGAGUCCGGGAGCUGCGGUACUUCAACCCAGCCGCACAGGAGCACGUACGUGUGGCCGGCGGCUCGAACUGGAGCGAGCUGGCGCCCAUGCCCACCGGGCGCAGCCAUCACUGUGUGGCUGUAAUGGGGAACUUCUUAUUUGUUGUGGGUGGUGAAGUGGAGCAUGCCACUGGGAGGACGUGCGCAGUAAGGACUGCCUGUAGAUAUGACCCCAGGGGCAACCAGUGGACUGAGAUUGCCCCCAUGAAGGCCUGCAGGGAACACUUUGUCCUGGGAGCUCUGGGUCAGUACCUGUACGCAGUGGGGGGCAGGAAUGAGCUGAGACAGGUGCUGCCCUCUGUGGAGCGCUACUGUCCCAAGAGGAAUAAAUGGAUGUUUGUCCAGCCAUUCGACCGCUCACUGUCCUGCCACGCCGGCUGUGUGGCUGACAGCCUGCUCUGGGUCUCAGGUGGGGUAACAAACACCGCUCAGUACCAAAAUCGGCUGAUGGUGUAUGACCCAGAACAGGACCAGUGGUUGGCCCGCAGUCCCAUGUUGCAGAGGCGAGUGUACCACGUCAUGGCGGCGGUGAGGAGGCAGCUCUACGUGCUCGGUGGGAACGACCUGGAUUACAACAACGACCGCAUCCUGGUCCGUCACAUCGACUCCUACAACAUGGACCUGGACCAGUGGACACGCUGCUCCUUCAGCCUCCUCACAGGUCAGAACGAGUCCGGAGUGGCCGUCCACGAUGACAGGAUCUAUGUGGUUGGAGGAUACUCCAUUUGGACUAAUGAGCCUCUGGCAUGCAUUCAGGUGCUGGAUCUGAGCACAGAGGGCAAGGAGGAGGUUUUUUACGGACCAACACUGCCAUUCGCCUCCAAUGGGAUAGCAACCUGUUUCCUUCCUGCUCCUUACUUCACCUGCCCAAACCUACAGACUCUACAAGUACCCCAUCACAGGAUAGGUGCCGUUUAAACCACUGAUUAACAAAAUGCCAGAAAACUUGAACACGUGACCAGAGGACAGAGCCAUCUCAGCAGAACUCUGGACUGUCAGCGCUUGCAAACAUGACUGACAAAAAAUGCACUUGAUUAUAGUAAUCAAUCGGGAACCUGCCACCUCUGUCACGGGAGCGCACAGGGAGUUCUGUGACACCCAUAUGUAUUAAUAGUAUUCUCCUGAUCUACAAGAGCCAUGUUAUUCUUCAAGCUUCUAGGGAACAAGCUGCUGAACAAGCUGUUUCAAUAAUACAGAAUAUUUGGUGUAUUUCCCCAAAGACUGAGACACCAUUCAUCAAGUACAGUGAAGACAGCAAGGUAAGAAAAUAAGCCCAGAGGGAACAAAAUGCCAACCCUAUUAACAAUUAAGUGACUUAUGGUAAGCAGAAAUUGCUGAACUGCUCAACUGUCUGCAGGAGUUCAAAGAAACUGUGCUUUUUGUAACCCAUUAGAGGAGCUUUUCUAGCUAAAACCACUAUAUAACAUUUCCAUCUAACCUCUAUAAUCACUUUGGUGGCCUGAAAAACAUGUUGAUAAUGUUUUUCAAGAUACAGAAGACAAAGCCUGUUUUCCUUAUUGACUCACAUAUACUUUGGGUUAACGAGUGUCAACCACCUGAGGCUGAAGUUCAUCAGUGCAUAAAUGAACAAGUCAUUUUUUUUUAGUCCACAUAAGAUAAAAAAUGAUUUUAAAGGACGAUUUUUUUUUCUGCAAAAGCAGUGACAUACUACUGUAUGUGUAUAUGCUGUCGACCCGUGUAAGUGUGAGAUUUUUAUUAUGCUCAGGACCGAAGACUGUUUAUGUUUAAAUGAAUGUCUGGUCAGUGUCGUCAAACACAAACAUCUGUUGAAUAGUCCCCAAAGUACGUAUAUGUAUAUGACGUGUUUAAUUUUAAAAAACAUACACCGAUCAGCCACAACAUUAAAACCACCUAUCGAAUAUUGUGUAGGUCCCCCUCCUGCCUCAAAACAGUUCUGAGAUGCUGGACCUCUGGGUGUGCCAUGUGGUGUCUAGAAUCAGGACAAUAAGGCAAUAGAUCUUUUUGGGAGUUGUGGGUUGUGUCACCUUCCUGUGUACCAGAGUAUAUAUUCCACAUAAAUACCAGGACCUAAGGUUCCCCAGCAGAAUAUUGCUUUGUAACAAGAUGAUCAAUGUUACACGCUUAACCUGUUUGCAGUUAGUGUUGUGGCUAAUCGGUGAACUGUAACCAAAAGACAGAGAAAACACAAUCCCUGCAUUUCCCUUGUCUGUCUAAAGCAAUGAGUCUGAGAGAAUAUAUGGAAAAUUUGCAGAAUAAAAAUGCUACAUAAA